AUGGAUGUUUUACUCUUUGGCGAUCAAUCCCCAUCCGAGAUUGCAUCUUAUCUCCAUGGCAUUCUCUUUGACCAGCCGAAGUCUCCUCUUGUUGCGUGCUUCUUGAAUGCUGCUGGAUGCAGACUUCGAGAUGUCAUUGCCGAGUUGCCCGCAUUACAACGACGGAAAGUUCCUCCUUUCGCUACUUUAGAGGAAUUCCUCGCUCGAUACACCUCUGGCAAAGAUGAGUUGAAUCCUGUUGUGGAAGCCACAUUUCAAUGCCUGGUGCAGCUAGCAGACUAUCUCUCGUUCUCUGAAAAUGAGACUGAGAGCACUGAGGAAGUAGCCGCCAUCGGUCUUUCAACGGGAUUGAUUCCUGCUAUCACGGCAUCAUUCAUUCCUAAAGGCCUUGCCGGUGUCAAAGUUGCAGUUUACGCAGUUGAGCUCGCAUUUCGUCUCGCUCUCUACAUUGAUGAAGUGUCAGAUCGUCUACAGACCACCAAGCCAGGCGUUGAUCGCAGCUUCUGGGCAAUUCACGCCAAAGGUCUAAACAGUGAUGAUGCUGAGUCCGCCAUUAAGAAGGCGCUUGGCACAGAAGAGGCGGAAUCACAGUCCACACCAUUGCAUAAUAUUCCUUACAUCAGCGCUAUUUGGCCGUCAGGAACCACCAUCAGUGGCCCUCCCUUGAUGCUUGAAUGGCUCCAAGAUCGCUGGAAUGUUGAAAACACUGUCAGCACGGUCCCGGCCCGGGUUCUAGGCCCUUACCAUGCUCCACAUCUCAUCAGUACUGCCGAGGCUCUUGACGAGAUUCUUGAUGAAGCUGCACUUCAAGAAUUCGAAGGACUUGUGCCAAGCAACCUCCACGUUUUGUCAAUUCAAACUGGUGAAGCUUAUAACGCUUCAUCCCUGCCGGAGCUAUACAGGCUGGUCAUUACAGAAAUAAUAAGCGAAUGCCAAAAUGUCUCCGCAUUUUUGGAGCGCCACCAGCUCGGCGGCCGUUUGUUUGCCAUGGGUCCAAUCGAUCAACAGAGCCCUCUGGUUGUUGCGAUCAAGGGGCGAAAUUCUAUUCUCGAAUGGACGCGUCCGGUUGCCUCCGGCCCAGAGCCCGGUCUCGAAUCGAAAAAGGAACGGAUCGCCAUUGUUGGCAUGUCUGGAAGAUUCCCUGGUGCCCAGAAUCUUGAUGAGUUCUGGAAAGUUCUCUUCGAUGGAAUGGACAUGCACAAAGAGGUGCCCUCCGAUCGGUUUGAUGCAGAAAAGCAUGUCGACCCCUCAGGUAAAGGCAAGAACAAGAGUCACACUCCAUUCGGGUGCUUUGUGGACAAUGCUGGCCUCUUUGACCCGCGAUUCUUUAACAUGUCUCCUCGGGAGGCUACUCAGACAGACCCCAUGCAGAGACUGUCUUUACUUACCGCAUACGAAGCGCUUGAAAUGUCAGGCUACGUGCCGAACCGAACGCCCUCGACACAGCUUGACCGUAUUGGUACUUUCUACGGUCAGACUAGUGAUGACUGGCGUGAAAUUAACGAAGCCCAAGACAUUGACACAUACUUCAUCACCGGCGGUGUCCGAGCUUUCGGUCCUGGCCGUAUCAACUACCACUUCGGAUUCAGUGGACCUAGCUUGAGUAUUGAUACCGCAUGCUCAUCUAGUAUGGCGGCCAUUCACACAGCUUGCAAUGCGCUAUGGCUACGGGAUUGUGACACCGCCAUCACUGGUGGUGUCAACAUUAUGACCAACCCUGAUAUCUUUGCUGGACUUAGCAAGGGUCAAUUCCUCUCCAAGACCGGCCCCUGCCAGACAUUCGACAAUGACGCCGAUGGCUACUGCCGAGGAGACGCAGUCGCCUCACUGAUCCUGAAGCGACUGUCUGAUGCCGAAGCUGAUAAUGACAACAUUCUAGGUGUCAUCCUUUCAGCUGCUACCAAUCACUCUGCUGAUGCGAUCUCGAUCACCCAUCCCCAUGCUGGUACCCAGGAGAUUCUCUACCGCCGGGUUUUGAACCAGGCUGCAGUCAACCCCAAGGAUAUAUCCUAUGUUGAGAUGCAUGGAACAGGUACCCAGGCUGGUGAUGACACCGAAAUGCGCUCUGUGUCCACUGUCUUCGCCCCUGCUGUCUCUCCUCGCCGACCAGACCAAAAACUCUAUGUCGGCUCUGUUAAGGCCAAUGUUGGACACGGCGAGGCCUCUUCCGGAGUCACUGCGAUUGUGAAGGUUCUUUUGAUGAUGCGUCACAAUAUGAUCCCUCCCCACGUUGGAAUCAAGGGUGAAAUUAACCGCGGCUUCCCAGACUUGGCCGCCAGGAAUGCGCAUAUUGCUCGGCAGGCUGUUGAGUUACCCCGGCCUAAGACGCACAGCCGCAAGAUUUUCAUCAACAAUUUCAGCGCGGCCGGUGGAAACACUGCCAUUGUGAUGGAGGAGGGCUUCAAGCGUCAGAUCAAGGGAACGGACCCCCGCCCGACGCACGUUAUUGCAGUUUCGGCAUGCGCCUUGGGUUCUCUGAAGAAGAACGUCAACAACCUGAUUUCAUACCUAGACGCCAACCCCAAUGUAUCGCUGGCCAGUCUCUCAUACACUACAACUGCCCGCAGAAUCCAGUACAGCUACCGAUACUCAGUUGCCGCCUCUGACAUCUCUGGCCUGAAGGCUAGCCUUGCUCGCGUUGCUGACUCGAACUUGCUGCCAGUUCCCAAGCCACCUAAGGUUGCAUUCACUUUCACCGGACAGGGAUCUAUGUACCCCGGCGUGGCUGCGGAUCUGUUCAAAACAUCCACCCUUUACCGGAAGAGCAUGCUUGAAUUUGAUGCCCUGGCUACUUCGUUCGGCUUCCCCAGCAUUGUUUCCAUUGCGGAUGGAACCGAGGAACAGUCCACUGUUACCCUGGACCCUGUUAUGGUCCAGGUUGCCCAGGUUUGCAUCCAAAUGGCUAUCACCCGCUUUUGGAAGUCUCUGGGAAUUACGCCAGAUGUUGUUGUUGGCCACAGCUUGGGAGAAUAUGCUGCUCUUUUUGCAGCUGGAGUCCUUUCCGCUAGCGACACUAUCUUCCUUGUCGGAUCUCGGGCUCAGCUCCUCGUCGCCCGCUGCACUGCUGGAAGCCAUGCUAUGCUCGCCGUUCAAGGUGAUGCUGCCUUCGUGAAGAGAAUCAUUCCAGAAAAUGUCGAGGUCGCUUGCAUCAAUAGCAGCAACGAGAUUGUGCUCAGCGGUCUGGUAGCCGAUAUCGAAGCUGCUGGUGGUCUCCUCGAAGGUCAGAGAAUGCGGGUCACUAAACUCAGUGUGCCUUACGCCUUCCACUCAUCUCAAGUUGAGCCUAUUCUUGAGACAUUUGCACAGAUUGCAUCUUCAGUGGCUUUCCGCGCUCCCAACUGCGAAUACCUUUCACCCUUGUUGGGUCGACCUCUUGAACAAUCGACCAUCGAUGCAAACUAUCUCUGUCGUCACGCCCGAGAGGCUGUUAACUUCGGCCAGGCAGUUGGAGCUGCCAAACUUUCUCACGUCAUUGAUGAUGAGACUGUCUUCCUGGAAAUUGGUCCUCACCCUGUUUCGACUAAUUUCGUCAAAGCCACAUUGGGCUCUUCCAUCCCGACCUGCCACUCCCUCAACCGCAAAUCUGGUGCAUGGGAGUCUAUGGCUACCGCCUUGACUGUCCUGAACAACAAGGGUCUCAACGUCAACUGGGGCGAAUACCACCGCGAGUUUGAAGGUGCCCUGGAGCUUCUCGAGUUGCCUUCUUACGGCUGGGCCUUGGCCAACUACUGGAUCGACUACAAGGGCGAUUGGUGCUUAACAAAGGGCCAGUCUCUCAUCAGCGCUUGCAGUUCCCCCCUGAAGACCACUUCCGUGCAGCGCGUCGUCGAGGAGAAAUUCUCCGACAAAUCUUGCAUGCUUGUCGCCGAAUCAGAUCUUUCACGUCCUGAUCUUAAGGAAGUUCUGCACGGUCACAUGGUCAACGGCGUGGCCCUUUGCCCCUCCACGCUUUAUGGAGAUAUGGGUAUCACCAUUGGUGAGUACAUGUACCGCCGCAUGUUCCCAGGUUCUGCAGAAGCAGACAUUCCCCGCAUGAAUGUGUGCAAGAUGGAGGUUGGCAAGACCCUUAUCUUCCGAGGCGCCGAGUCACAGGUCAUCAAGAUCUCUGCCGAGGCCUCCAAGUCAAAGGAAACCAUUGGUAUCACGAUCUCUUCUGUCGAAGGCCAGCACGCCACAUUCUCGGUCGAGUUUGGUACUAGCGCUGCAUGGUUGGAGGAGUGGAAGCGCACUGGCUAUCUGGUUGACGCCAGAAUCCGCAUGUUGCGCGAUGAAGAGGAUGAAGAUAUUCACACCUUGAACAGGAAGAUGGCCUACAAGCUAUUCGGCUCGUUUGUCGAGUACGAGAAGCCUUUCCAGGGAAUGAAGAAGGUCUAUCUCAAGCCGGACGAGUUUGAGGCCACUGCGGAUAUUGUUCUCCAAACUUACAAUUCCGAGCAGAACUUUGUGGUCCCUCCUUACUGGAUCGACAGUGUCGGCCAUUUGUCUGGCUUCGUGGUGAACUGUCAAACUGCUCCUGGCUCGGAGAAGAAUGUCUAUGUUUCACACGGCUGGGAUUCCCUUCGCCUUGCAAGAACCUUGAUGCCCGGCGGAACUUACCGAACAUAUGUUCGCAUGGCACCGGUUGAAGGUACUCCCAACAUGGUCUCUGGUGACGUCUACUGUUUAGAAGGCACUGAAGUCAUCGCUCUCUACGGUGGUGUUAAGUUCAUGCGCAUUCCGCGAAAUGUCCUUGACCAGGUUUUGCCUCGCCCUCGAUCUGGUACUGCUCUCGCCGCCGCCCCAGUUGCGGCAGUUGCCGAUGCCCCCAAGAAAGAUAGCCGACCAAGCUUCAUCGCGAUUCCUACUGCAGCUCCCCGCAUAAAUGUCACAUCUCUCACCUCCAAAGUCAUGGCCAUCAUUGCAGAGGAAGUUGGAGUAGAUGAGAGUGAGCUUGCCGAUCCCAACGGCUUCGCCGAUCUUGGAGUCGACUCUCUCAUGCAGCUUAGUAUCAAUUCACGUAUGCGAGAGGAUCUCGAACUGGACAUUCCUUCCUCCUUGUUCAUCGACAACCCAACUGUCGGCGACUUGAAGGUAUGGCUUCGCGGUCUGGAGCCAGAUACUGCCGAUACACAGGAUACCCAGACUACUGCGUCUACCUAUAUCUCAAACCUGAAAGACGACUCAAGUACCGACAAUUCUCAGCCCAGCAGUACUCCAUUGUCGCAUGAUUCCGGCGUCCACAUCUUGGCUAGCGAUAUCUCCGAAUACAAGACUGGUAAAGUUGCGGAGUCAGUCGAUGGAGCCCCAGUCGUUCAGCCAUUAGAAGCCGAGCCGCUGCUUCCCAACAAACGUGCCACUUCCAUGUUGCUGCAGGGUAACAUCAAGACAGCCACAACUCUGUUCUUCAUGUUCCCAGACGGGGGCGGUGCGGCUGCUUCAUACGCACCCAUUCCGGCCCUAUCUCCCGACAUUGCUGUCUUCGGGUUAAACUCUCCCUUCAUGACUACUCCCGAAGAGUACACUUGUGGAGUCUCCGGAGUCGCCCGGUACUAUGUUGAAGAGAUGAAACGCCGACAGCCUGUGGGACCUUACAAUGUUGGCGGCUGGUCUGCUGGCGGAGUGAUUGCCUUUGAGGGUGCUCAGCAACUGAUCCGGGCUGGAGACAAGGUGGAUAGAUUGAUCCUCAUUGACUCCCCUUGCCCACUGACCAUUGAGCCUCUUCCCAUCUCGCUUCACAGAUGGUUCAACACUCUGGGUCUGUUAGGUGAUGGUGAGCCAUCUAAGAUUCCUUCGUGGCUCCUCCCUCACUUCCAAGCUUCCAUCAAUGCGCUUUCCACUUAUCACGCUCGGUCAAUUGACCCAGCUAAGGCGCCAACCACAUACAUCAUCUGGUGUGAGGAUGGAGUGUGCAAAAACCCCGAGGACCCCCGCCCUGAUCCUUACCCCUACGGUCAUGCACAAUUCCUGCUCGAGAACAAAACGGACCUUGGACCUCAGCUUUGGGAUGCAAUGGUCGGCAGAGAUAAUCUCCGAAUUUCCCAUAUUCCCGGUAAUCACUUCACAAUGAUGAGAGCGCCAUUUGUUGCCAAUCUUGGAGACAAGAUUCGUGAUGCAUUCAAUUAA